AUGGCGCCCUCUCCCCAGAAUCCCGCUUUGGACGUCCCGCCAAAAGACGCCAAGCAGGCACUGGCGGAGGACAAGUACGACGACUGCCUGUCCUGCCGAGUGACCGGAUCUGCCGCGUUCAUAGGUCUCGGAGUGUACAGCUACUACACGGGCAUGCAGAAUCUACGGAGGCAGGAAAAGGCCAUCAUGACUGGUCCAUCAAAGUAUCGAAUGGGCUCACGGCAGUUGGGGAUUGCGACUAUUUCGGCCACGCUCGUGGGCAUGGGACUGUACCGAGCUUUUAAUUAA